AUGGCCCCAUCCCUGCACCCGCCUGUGUCCCCGUGUCCCCAUCCCACGUCCCUCUGUCUGUCCGUGUCCCCAUCCCAUGUCCCUGUGUCUGUCCGUGUCCCCAUCCCAUGUCCCUGUGUCUGUCCGUGUCCCCAUCCCACGUCCCCAUCCCACGUCCCUCUGUCUGUCCAUGUCCCCGUGUCCCCAUCCCACGUCCCUCUGUCUGUCCGUGUCCCCGUGUCCCCAUCCCAUGUCCCUGUGUCUGUCCGUGUCCCCAUCCCACAUCCCUCUGUCUGUCCGUGUCCCCGUGUCCCCAUCCCACGUCCCUCUGUCUGUCCGUGUCCCCGUGUCCCCAUCCCACAUCCCUCUGUCUGUCCGUGUCCCCGUGUCCCCAUCCCAUGUCCCUGUGUCUGUCCGUGUCCCCGUGUCCCCAUCCCACAUCCCUCUGUCUGUCCGUGUCCCCGUCCCAUCCCAUGUCCCUCUGUCUGUCCGUGUCCCCGUGUCCCCAUCCCACGUCCCUCUGUCUGUCCAUGUCCCCGUGUCCCCAUCCCACGUCCCUCUGUCUGUCCGUGUCCCCGUGUCCCCAUCCCAUGUCCCUGUGUCUGUCCGUGUCCCCAUCCCACAUCCCUCUGUCUGUCCGUGUCCCCAUCCCAUGUCCCUGUGUCUGUCCGUGUCCCCAUCCCAUGUCCCUGUGUCUGUCCGUGUCCCCGUGUCCCCAUCCCACGUCCCUCUGUCUGUCCGUGUCCCCGUGUCCCCAUCCCACAUCCCUCUGUCUGUCCAUGUCCCCGUGUCCCCAUCCUACGUCCCUGUGUCUGUCCACGUCCCCGUGUCCCUGUGCCCGUGUCCCUGCCCUUGUGCCCGUGUCCCUGUGUCUGUCCGUGUGUCUGUCCGUGUCCCUGUCCCCAUCCCCGGGCCUUGUCCGUCCCUCUGUCCCCGUACCCACGUCCCCGUCCCUGGUCUCGUGGCCUUUCCCCAUCCCCUUCCCCCACCCCCGGCCCCCCAUCCCUGUCCCCAUACCCCCACAUCCCCAUCCCCCAUCCCAAUGUCCCUGUCCCAUGUCCUUGUCCCCCUGUCCCCAUCCCACACGUCUGUGCCCCCUUCCCCCCAUGCCUGGUUGGGGGUGGGGGUGGGGGUCCCACUGGUGGGUGA